AAAAGUGUGGUAGGACAGCAGUACCACGGUGUAUGUGUAACUCUGCACGUAGCGCUUCUCCUGACGGGAGCUGAAGACCAGCCCACUCCAACAGAUGGCGAGCACUGUCCCGCAGCAGCGUGGCUGAGUCAGAAACACCGAAAAGUAUGUGCAGUCAACUUUAGCAAGUCAUCUUUUUUUGGAGCUUACUAGACCUACGACUUGAGCCUUGGAUUGGAGCUACAUUUUUUUUUUUUUUUGAAGGAUCCGUUUACCACAUCAAGAUGUUUGGUUUAUGAGAAUAGGUUAAUGAGGCGAGUUAUUAUCCCCGCUCACCCGCGGUGGACCUAACCCAUCCCAUCUGGCCCAUAACCUCACGAGGUUCUCCCAGGAAAGAAGGAUGAGACUGCACUUAUGUAUUUUUCUGAGCUUCCUCUUGAAGUCCCUCUCAGCCCACAAUGACUUCUACACCUCAAUAGGUCACAUGACAGACCUGCUGUUCACAGAGAAAGAUAUGGUCACUUCUCUCAAGGAAUAUAUCAGAGUGGAGGAGAGCAAGCUGGAGCAGGUCAAACGGUGGGCCGAUCAGCUGGACUCCCUGUCCAUCACGGCCAUCCAGGACCCUGAGGGCUUCCUGGGCCACCCGGUCAACGCCUUCAAGCUGAUGAAGAGGCUCAACACGGAGUGGGGCGUGCUGGAGACCCUGGUGCUCACUGACACCACCGAAGCCUUCAUCUCCAACCUGACCAUGCAGCGCAAGCACUUCCCCACCGAGGAAGACCAGACGGGGGCGGCCAAGGCUCUGCUGCGGCUGCAGGACACGUACCAUCUGGACACCAACACCAUUGCCACCGGAAACCUGCCUGGCGUGACGUACAAGAGCCACAUGACGGUGGAGGACUGCUACGAGCUGGGGAAGAUUGCCUACUCGGACUCAGACUACUACCACACUGAGCUGUGGAUGAGCCAAUCCCUGCAGCAGCUGGACCAGGGGGAGGAGUCCACCAUCGACAAGGUGACCGUGCUGGACUACCUCAGUUACGCCAUCUACCAACAGGGAGAGCUAGAGAGAGCGCUGGAGAUCACCAAGAGGCUGCUCUCACUGGAUUCGGAGCACCAGCGCGCCCGGGGGAACCUGAAGUACUUUGAGUUCCAGAUGCUGCAGCAGAGGAGCGAUGAGGAGGAGGCCGCCCAGAAACAGAGGAACGAGGGGACGGUGGGCAACAAAACAGAGGAGAAGAAGAAAGGCUUCAAGGAGCCCAUCCCCGAGAGGAAGAUGUACGAGAAGCUGUGUCGGGGCGAGGGCAUCCAGAUGACACCGCGCAGACAGAGCCGGCUCUUCUGCCGUUACUAUGACAACCACCGCAACCCCAUGUACCUGCUGAGUCCGGUGAAACAGGAGGAUGAGUGGGACCGGCCCUACAUCGUCCGCUACCACGACAUCAUCUCCCACAGCGAGAUCGAGAAGGUCAAGAGCCUUGCCAAGCCCAGGCUGCGCAGAGCCACUAUUUCCAACCCAAUCACCGGCAUAUUGGAGACCGCUCCAUACCGGAUCAGCAAGAGCGCCUGGCUGACUGGCUACGAUGACCCGCUGAUCGAUAAGAUUAAUCAGAGGAUUGAAGAUCUCACCGGGCUGGAGAUGGACACUGCAGAAGAGAUGCAGGUUGCAAACUAUGGUGUCGGAGGUCAAUAUGAACCACACUUUGACUUUGGAAGGAAAGACGAACCGGAUGCAUUCAAAGAGCUGGGCACGGGGAACCGUGUGGCAACGUGGCUCUUCUAUAUGACUGACGUGGCAGCAGGGGGCGCUACAGUGUUUCCAGACGUAGGAGCAGCCGUUUGGCCCAAGAAGGGAACUGCGGUGUUCUGGUACAACCUGUUUGCCAGCGGGGAGGGAGACUACAGCACGCGGCACGCAGCAUGCCCAGUGCUGGUGGGAAACAAGUGGGUAUCAAACAAAUGGAUUCAUGAGCGCGGCCAGGAGUGGAGGCGGCCCUGUGACCUGGACCAGUCUAAGUAAUAGGGGUGUUUAUCACGACUCCCAGUACCAGCUCCUCGCGAUACUGAACUCUCCGACCACCACAACACACAGAACGAUGAUGGUUGCCAUCACCCGGCCCUCCGGUCACUCCUUCUCCCCUCCGGUCCGCCCGGGGCGCACGGAUCGUUGAUUUGUUUGUUUGGGGUGCGUUGUGCAUUCACAAGCAGCGUUUGGGAGUGAUGUAGUGGUCUUUUUGGCCGAUGUCUUCCCCCCCCCCCCCCCCCCUCCUCCCCCCUCCACCGAGGCUACCACACAUGCUGUCUUUGCACUCCGGGUGAACUGUUGUUGUAGAGCCCUCUGAGAGACCGCAAGCUCCAUCCAGGCGUUUGGCCGCCUGUUCUUUUCAACGCUGAACAGGCUGCAGAGUUUUUUUUUAUGUUUUAUAAUAGCCCACACUAAAUUCUCUCUAGUCCGAUGAUAUAGAUAAUAUAUUAUGUAUGACAUAAAAAACGAUUGGAUUAUGCUUUAAGAGAAGGAAUAAAGGAUGAAAUAAUGUUCCCAAUACAAACAAUGCAGCUAAUAGCUUACAUAUUUUUGGAGUGUUGAACAAUUUAUGGUUUCAAAAGGCCAAAACCUUGAUAUUGUUUAUGAAAAUCACUACGCAAUAUGUGUAAGCAGGCGUAUGGGGUUACCUACUCCAUAAGUUUAGUUUUUUUUGUAUUUAUAUUUUACAUUUUCUUUGUGUCUCUUGUAAAAAUAAGAAAGUUUGUUUUUGCAAUAAAAAAUACUUUUGUGUUGCUAAAUUA